UUCGCUCGCAAAGGAGGGAUUCUGUAUUGUGAAAGAACCGUGCUUACAGUGCAGCUUACAUAAAGCAAAGUAACAUAACAUUAUUUUUCGUGCCCCCACGUUAUUCGACAUGGACGAGCGUAAGCAUUCUGCCGAAUGUCAGUAAGUUGUGAUUGAAAAUCUAUUUAGGAUACAAUGGACUCUUAUUGAACACCAUUUACCAGUUGUUAAGGAUACGGAAUCUCCCAGCAUACAGUGAUAAUAAAGAAACAUUUGUACCGCCGUGUUCUAUAGUAUUAAUCUUAACCAAUAAUGAAGGCUCCUCGGGUUUUUCUCAUUGUUAGUCUUUUUACUUCCAUCUUAAUAAUGGUGCUGAACUAUCAAAGCAUUUCAAUAUAUGAAAGAUGGGAGAUACGAAACAACGAAUAUGCAAUAUCUUACGACAAAACCACCUCUGAUAGCGCAGUCUGCAGAGACAUUUUUGAGAUUGGAAAACACAGCCCGAACAUGUCGGAAAUGAUAGAUCUGGGCGUUAGCGUAAUAAGUAAUCGCAAGAAAGAAAGGCGCUUUCUUCACCACCAUUUUUAUGAUAUCAUUGGCUACGCACAGCCGCACAUGGCCAUGACCACUGCCGAGGGGCGUGGCCUGAAUGGGACCAGUGUUGCUGUGAAUAAGCAGUGGCGGCUGCAGCAAGUCAGUGGUCGACUGCCUCAUCUGGCUUGCAGCUUGCGGGAAUACAGUGGAAAAGAUAUAGGCAGGUGUGUGAGGUCGCGGGCGAAGGCUGGAAAGACCACGCAUAUCAUGUACAUCGGAGACUCGCGCAUCAGGCAGCACAUCGAGGUACUUCUAGACCACAUGCGAGAUCUUGACUUCAUCAUCACGACUUACCAGGGACAAGUUAUCACCGUGGAGGAUUUUUUGGGACAAAAAGGUUCAAAACAAUGGUUUAAGUAUAAACACAACUUCCGCGUGGAGACCUCAAGUUCACCGAGGUUUAUCCUUGACUACCACUGGGCUUCCGACAUCCAAAAUAAGGGCGACGCGCGCCAGGCUGAAGCCGCAGGGAAACGCCCGAACUAUCACGUGGGAGCCGUUGAUCUGCUCAACACACUGAAAAACGCUCCGGAAGGCACUCUGCCAGACCUCAUUCUUCUCAACACAGGUGCGUGGCAGCUAAUGGAUGUAAAAGGCAAUAUCAUUGACCAGGUGGACUCAACUGCCAUUGGAGUGAUGCAGGUCUUAUACCCUUUGCUGAAUCAUCUGUCAGAACUGACCACGGUUGUGUGGGCACUCCCCGAUUCUUUCAAGGAAUUUAUGCUUCAUGAUUUUGGUUCUACUGGUAAAUACACCCAACAGACCAAUGCCAUACUAGAAUGGGUUCUCAAUGGACAAGCCCAACUCCUGCCUCCAAGAGUGCUUGUGUGGGAUUCCUUCCUGCCUGUUUCCCACGCUGCUUUGUCCGACUGCAUCAUGUUUCUUAGCAAAAAUCUGGAUAUAAAGAAAUUACCAGCAUACUCCAUAUUCAAACCAGAAAUAACAUGGCAUUGUACAGAACGAAUGCAUGUUGGAUUUGAAGCUCUCUUUGUGGCAGCUCAAAUGAUGAUUAAUCACAUAUGCAAUCCUUUUAUGGACGAAAAAGGUUAUUGCUGCUCUUCAUAGCAAUACCACUGUCCUGUAUGAGAAGCUGGUUUAAUAUAAAAAAUAUAAUAAUUGAUAAUUAUAUAUAACUGCUUAGAUAACCCUCAGAUUUUGAAUUAAGGAAUAAAAUUCACAUAAUAAUCAUUACUGACAUGCCAAUUACUAUUGUUUGGAAAAGCACAACAUUCAUGAAAAUUAACAACAAAUAUCCAUAGCAGUCUUGUACAUUUUCUAUAAAACAAUGCUUUGAUCUACCAAACAAUUUAAGGUAAACAUUCUAACCGUCAUUGUGUUUUUUGUAGGGCAUUUUCUUUCAAAUAUGUACCUUGAAGGGUUUUCCAUAUGUGAUGAUGUAAACUGACGUCAUUACUAAUGCAUAUAAGGAUGGCUUAUAAAAAGAAGUUUUAAGGAGACCACAUAUACUUUAUUUAAUAUACCAAUAUGUACAUAAAACACGUUAAUAUCCCCAUACCAGUGUUUUUUCAAGGUUUCAGAACAAAACUAUGGAAAUUAAUACAAUAACAAAAAAUAUAACAAUGAAGCUACUACUCUGUUAUAUAUUUUGGGACUCUUACCUUUCAUGUUCCAGUGCAACAGUCUCAAAAGAAUUUUUUCAUGCACUCCAAUUUACUAAACAUCAGCACACACAUAUUCACUUUUAUCAUAUCUGAUCAAAGUAUAAUGGCUGGUAUUUUUCAGCAAAAGGUCCACUGAUGCCAUGUUUAUUAUAUUUCACAGCAUCGUGGUGUAAUAAAGAAAUCUGCAUUGAUAAUUCAGCAUUCUAUGCAUUUUACAAUAUCAAUAUAUUCAAAAUACUAUAUAUGACCAACACAAAAUUUCUCAUGUAACAUCAAAUUAAAUAUAAUUAUGAAAAUCCAUACCUCCAAUAUAAGAGUUCAAAAAGGGAUAAAAAGAUAUAUAAAUUCCAAUGCAACUUUAUCUAUAUCCUAUUCCAAUAGUCUAACCAAACAAAGUAAAAGCACCCAUGAGGGGGUACUACUAUCAGCCACUGGAACUGUAAGAACUUGGGAAUACAACCUACAGCAGUGCAAAUAUUGGUUUACAUACGGUACAUCUCAUUUAUCAAAAAGGAUAUCUUAAAUCUGAAAAAUAUAAAAUAAAAUAUUUCUAAAACAAGUGUAAUACUUCGCAAAAAAUUUUCUGCCAUAAUAUUUUCCUAAAAAAAGAAAGAAAGAAAGAAAGAAGAAAAAAAAAAAAAAGGUGUAAAAGGUAUGAUUUGGAUGUUUUCUUUUGUGUGACUUUUGUUUCAUUGUUAUUUUAUUUUAUUUUAUUUUUUACCUAGAAUUCCUAAUAGUUAAAUCUAACUGCAAUAUGAAAAUCUGAACUACAAGAAUUUUCAAGAUCUGGCCUAGACUCCAGGUGCACUGCAUACUUCAUAAAAAAGUAGCUAAGAUGUAAAUUAACAUGGAUACUCUCUCUCCUGUUUCUUCCAGUCAUAACUUGAAAGGAUCUUAAUGGAGAGGCAUUUCAGCUGCAGUUUAAGCAUAUAAUGGCCCAGCCUUCUUUGUGACAGAUAAGGAAGUAUCAAUGGAAAAACAAUUCUUGGCACUAUAGUUGCCAGACCAAUAUUUAUCAGCAAACAAUCCCCUAAUCACAAAAUUUACAUCAACUGUACUCUGUUAGCACCAAGCCAUCAGGUAACCAAGGAUCUGAAAAACCUGUAACUAUAUAAAGCAUCCUAUACCUUACAAAUAAAAUAUUCAACCUUAGCACAGAUCAAAAGUAUAUUUGCCUCCUACAUGACUGAAAGCUAAGAUUGUCUGUAAGAUGUAUAUUCAAUGAAAAAAAUAAAUAUAUUUAUCAAAUUCAUAACUCCUUGGUAUUAUAUAUUAAUUGCACAAUUAACCUAUUCUGUUCAACCAUUCAAUCCAAAUAUCAUACACAAGUAUAAAGGCUAAAACCUCUAGCAUCUAAAUAAGGAAAUAGAUAAUAAACCCUUUACAUAACAAUCUGCAAAGCUCUUUGUCCUGAUUUUUAUUUCAAUAUAUUUAAAUGCUCAUUUUCACCAUCUACAAAAUAAUGACAAUAACCCACCAUUCUUAAAACGUAAUACAAUUUUUUUAUUAUCUUAGUUAUCAGUACUAUUUAUCAUGAAAACUUAAAAACAGGCACACAGCUUCAUAUAAAAUGUCAUACCUCUGCCUCAUUAAUAUUCUUCCAUAACAAUUUUCUUCACAACUAGCAAAAUUUCAUAUGUAUAGUACCAUGAAGUUUCAUUUUAUUUAUUUAUUUUUUACUUACAAAUUUAGUAUCUAAUAAAUAUAAUUAAAGCUUCUGCAAGCUUGAAAAAUAAUAUAAAAAGUCUAUAGAUCACAGAAAAGAAAACUGAAUUUCUCAAUCACAAAAGCUGACCUACUGUAGACUUCUCUCAUCGUUUUACUGGGUAUGCUCGUCUCCCAGGGCCAGGCCUCCUUGCUGGAUGCGAAGAGUUUGAUGUUGCAGGUGUAAAUUGGGCAGGGUUAAAGAACUGAGGUUGCAUGCUAGGUGGGGCCAUCAUAGGUACAGUUCCAGUACUAUCAGCUCCAUCACUCAACAUCCCC